UUCUGCUAGCAGAAACCUUGCAGAAACACAACAAAUGCAACCAAUCAAACAGCUGACUGCCUCCUGGUUGAAUUAAGAAGUGAAUUUAACAUUGGUGCCCAUUGCCCCGAAAGUUUGAACAAAACGUAUUGUAUUUUGUUUUCACCACUCUUGUUUCUCGAAAAAUGUCGAGCCUCACUUAUUGUGCCUCCAUGUCGAGGAGGUUGGUUAAGAGUUCCUUUCCUGCCCUCAGAAAUUUCAACUUCCAAUUCAACAAAUGCUAUUCGUCAGGCACUGGAAACUCACCUGACUCAAAGUCCGAUGAAUCAUGCAAAGCAGCCAACCUUGCAAAAAAGUUGCGAGCAAAGACACCCAUAGGGAAACUUGAUGAGCUAGAUGAAGGUAAGCACCCAUUCCAAGAAAAGGAACCCUUGCCUCCAUGGCCAAAUAACACUAACCCUCACACUGGAGAGGUUGGUGGACCAAAGGGGCCUGAGCCUACACGAUACGGGGACUGGGAGAGGAAAGGACGGGUGUCUGAUUUCUGAGAUACUUAAUUACAUUCAUUUUGGUUGAAUGAUGUGAUUUUUUAAGUUUCUUAUUAUUGAGCAUAGAAGUCUCAGUUUUGUAGGACAUUGUGAUAUGAGUGCAUAAUUAUUAGUCUAUAAAUUAAGUAGGUCUCAAGUCCAUAAUGAAUCAGCAGGCUAAGAUUUAAUUUUCUAACUUCAGAUCUUCUUUUUUCUUUAUGUAUAUCAUUUGUUGAUGUUAAUUAGAAGUAGAAUAAUGCCUGGAAACUUGAUGAAAACCAAUGUUACCUUGUUGUCUAAAAGAUUCAAUUUAUAUGUACAGUAAGUAAUAGUAUAUAUUUAACAGUCUUGGAAAAGAUAACUAAGUAAAAGUUAUGAAUGUGUUGACAACAAAGACUAUAAACUUACAAUUACCAUGAGAUCACACAUUUUAAAAAAUCAAUAAACAUAGAUACACAUGCUGUUGAAAAUUACAGGAGUACUGAAAUUUGGUUGAACAGGUACAUUGUUUGAGAUACAUACAAUUAAUUAAGGAAAUUUUAAAACAAAACUCAGUGUAACUUAUCAUGCAAAACAAAUCUGCACUUACUGACAACAUAAAGUAACAAAUAAUAGUUAUGAGCUAUAGUACAAACUAUAAGGCACAUACAUAAAAACAUAUGUAAUGGUUUACAUACUAUCAUUAACCUUAAAACAAAACACAAAAAAAAAA